ACGGGCCCCGCGGCGCGGCCCGCGGCAGGCUGCGGCAGCAGGGCACGGCGGGCUCCCCGGCCCGAGCCGCUCCCGACACCCACGGGUGAUACCGAUCCCGGCUGCUCCUCAGGUUUGGAGACGUUGCAAACACGGAAAAUGUGCUGGGCCGCCCUCACAAUAUCCGUGCAAGCGAAAAGGUUGCCAGCAUGUUUGCCUCUGCCUUAUGGCAGCCGCGGGUACUGACACCCAAGUAUCUCUCUAGCUUUGGCAUAUUGGGAAUAUUUCAUAUUCCCACGUUCUUUUAUAAAAUAGAUUCUUAGGAAACAGGGAUUCCCUCCCACACCUGAGACGUGGUUUAUUAAUUAAUUUGUUUGUUUGUUUUUGUUUAUUUAUAUAACUUUAAAAAGAGAGUAGGAAAUGUUGGCACUUAAGAGCAGCACUUACUAGGGGGUAAAAAAAUAAUGCACCCAGGUAACUAAACUCAGUUAUCAGCCAAAAUGUGUUUCUAUUCUGUAGUUAGUAUGUUUAUGUAUCUGAUUGCCAUGUCUCUUAUGAUACAAGUCUUGACUCAUUCUCAUGCUUUGCUUCCUUGUUCUUAUGCUCAGUCAAUAAAAUGGGGCUUUUCUUUUUUCAAACUUCAGAUGGUUUCUCACCUGUGGUCCUCAAACUAAAAGGAAUAAAAUGAAAUGCAUAAGCUCUUCUCUUCGCUGCAAGACAACGCUGUUAGUUUUCAACAAACUUGAAUUUUGGGGAUUUAGUUGAUUUACUGCCAGUUCAGUAAUACAGCUUUCUUGAAAGCAAUGUGUUUGAGAGCAGGAAGUUCAAACUUUACCUUGCAUGACAAAGAUUCUCAGAAUUAGCAACAACAGAAAAGAUGCAUGUGGGAUGCCAUGCAGGUUUUUGAAUUCUAGUGAAAAACAGCUAUAAAGAAAGGCAAUUCCUUAAUAUUUACAAGUGUGCUACUGUGCAAUGCUUAUGCUGUAAGAAUGAAUAUGCACCAAGCAGUAUAAGGAACCAUGUAUUCUAAAAUUAUAAUUACCAAAAGAUAGCUCAUAUGUGCUUAAAGUUUCAGAUCAAAAUCAGAGGAAUGCUUUACAUGUAGUAACUAAAUACAUUUAAAAUCACACUUCUUUGUGCAUGUUGAGUUAGAAGUGUUUGGUGCUUCCUAAGUGGAAGAGGGUAUUGAAACAUGUAUGCACAUACAGCUUUUGGAGAAAAGGUUUUGUUUGACUGAUUUGUGUUGCCUAUGUGAUAUGAAUGCAGGAUCAGGAAAAUGAGAGGAUCCAUUGUAAGCCUUUGCUUUAUCAACAGUGUUUAUUAACAAGCUCCUACGAUAUUGUUGCUUUGUAUGACUGUGUUAUGUUCAAAUAGGAAAUCGGGCAACUUUCAGACUUAAGUCUGCUAGCUUGGAAAUUAAUAAAUGCAAAAUUAAUUUAUUAAUUGAUUAAGCAGUUAUUAAUAGAGCUGCAUUUAUAUCAGGUACUUUUCAAGAUUGUAAUAGUGCUUAUAUGUUCCUUAGGAAAUCUCAACUUUCUGCUUCAGGAGAUGCAUUCUUUUAUAUUAUAUAACAUGGAAAACUUCUUUUCUUAGUUGCAGACAACUGUGAAUGAGGUGAACAGAGCAGUGGUAAAAGAUUUCUUCUUGACUGUGUGAAUACUGAGUGGGAAGCAGAGGGGUGGAGUCUGGCAUGGAGGAGAUCCCAGUUAAGGUUGCAGUCCGAGUCAGACCUCUGCUUUCCAAAGAAAUACUUCAUAACCACCAAGUGUGUGUCAGAUUAGUCCCAAAUGCCAAACAGGUCAUCAUUGGAAAGGACCAUGUCUUCACUUUUGAUUUUGUAUUUGGCAAAAACUCAACCCAAGAAGAAGUUUAUGCUGUUUGCAUUAAGCCUCUUCUAGUGUCUCUGACUGAAGGAUACAAUGCUACAGUGUUUGCGUAUGGACAGACUGGUUCUGGGAAGACUUACACCAUUGGCGGUGACCACAUUGCAUCAGUUUCAGUGGAUGAAAGGGGCAUAAUCCCACGGGCUAUUCAGGAAUUAUUUCAGCAUAUUUCUGAACACCAUAAUAUUAAUUUCCAUGUGAAGGUAUCCUAUAUAGAGGUUUACAAGGAAGAACUUCGAGAUUUGUUGGAUUUGGAGACCUCUGUAAAAGAACUACAUAUCCGAGAAGAUGAGAAAGGAAAUACAGUGAUUGUCGGUGCUAAGGAAUUCCAAGUAGAAUGUGCAGAUGAAGUGAUAAGCCUGCUGGAAAGUGGCAAUGCAGCUCGUCACAGAGGCACAACACAGAUGAAUGAGCACUCUAGUCGAUCUCAUGCCAUUUUUACCAUCAGUAUUUGUCAGAAGCAGUCUACAGAGUAUCAGAAUAAUACUGAUGCUGCACAGGAUUCUAUCGCUUCAAAGUUUCAUUUUGUGGAUUUGGCAGGAUCAGAGAGGGUAGCAAAGACUGGAAAUACUGGUGAACGCUUCAAAGAAUCAGUUCAGAUCAAUAGUGGUCUUUUGGCCUUGGGAAAUGUCAUCAGUGCCCUUGGAGACCCAAAAAGAAAAAGUGUACAUAUUCCAUACAGGGAUGCUAAAAUCACUCGUAUUCUGAAAGACUCCCUUGGAGGAAAUGCCAAGACUGUUAUGAUAACAUGUAUAAGUCCAUCCUCACUGGACUUUGAUGAAUCUUUAAAUUCCCUCAAAUAUGCCAACAGAGCAAAAAACAUUAGAAAUAAACCAGUAGUUAAUUACAACCCAGAAAAAGACCGCAUUGAUGAAAUGGAACUUGAAAUCAGAUUGCUUCGGGAAGCUUUGCAGAACCAGCAGGUCAGUAAUCAGCAUUUACAUGACUUAAAUGAAGAAAAGGCCCGUAUCGGUUCACUUGAGGAGCAGCUCACCCGCCUUCAGGUUCAAUAUUUCAGUUACAGAAAUUGUGUAGAUGAAGCUUUCCCCUUUCUGGUUGAUUUGAACAAUGAUGUUAGCUUAAGAAGAAGUCAGCGGGACAGGUUGCAGAGCUGGAUCACUAUGGUACAGAACGUAAGGAAGGAAGCUCUCACCAUCCAGGAAACGGAUGUAGGGACUGAGACCAGCCCAGACCCACAUCACAUCACAAUUCUUCAGCUGAAGAGGGAACUGAAGAAAUGUCAGGUACUAGUUAUGGAUGAAGAACUAUUUAGCCAGAAGAAUCAUGAAGUGCAGAUACUGCAGAAUCAGAUAAAGACAUUACUACAAGAAAAGGAAGAACAACAGGAAUUUUUAAAUGAGGCUCAAGAGACACAAAGAUUACAGACUGAGAAAAUGGUGGAACAGCAAAUGCUCAUUGACCAGCUAAAAUUGAAAUUAGAGAAGUUUACAGAUGUGAAAGCUUUAGAUUCUCAAAGUGCUUAUGAAGAUGGGCCAGCUGUCGUGGCAUUUGCUAGGAGGCCCUACAGUGUCCCACUCACAAAAAACCUGCUACGCCCCCUUCACCUGCCUUCAGGGACAAAGAUCCAAAAGGGGUAUACCAGCCCCCCUGUCUUGUCCCUGGCCCAGAUAAUGGCAGAAUUCCAUGUUCGCAGACAGAUGAUACUGAGCAAGAUAGAAGAUCAAGAUAAAGUCCUUCACUGCCACCUCUCUGAUCAGAGUGAUGAAGAGGAAGACAAUACAGGCAGCGAAGACAAAACCUCAUAUAAGCAUUCCAUAAACCAAACGUGGACCCAAAGUCACACUUCUCUGUGCUUCCUUCCUGAUGUAACUGACAUGAAAUGCCAAGUAGUCAAGUCUGGUUUAUUCAAUGAAUCUGCGCUACAAACUGACACAACUACAGGUGAAGAGAUUGACAGCCUCCAGAAAAUCCAUGCUUUUAACAUGGAGAAGUUAAAGAAUUCGGAGUUGAGACUUGCUGAGGCUGAGCAAAAAAUAAGAGAACUUGCACUUAAUAUCAAAAGGAAAGAGGAACUUAUUAAGGAGUUAGUAAGAACAGGCAAGGAUGCUCAGUCUGUAAGCAGGCAGUAUUCUUUGAAGAUAACUAAACUGGAGCAAGAAAUUGAGCAGGCCAAAAGAGAACUGGCUGAAACGCAAAAACAGCUUCAGGAGCUGGACAGUAAAGAGCUGAGAGACAUUCCUGAGAAAGUCAUGUUACAAAAAGAGUGCCAGAAGAAGAUGGAGGCAGCUAAGUUGAAAGUGCAGACCUUACAGAAGAAGCAGCAGGACACCAAGAGUUUGGCUUCAUUAUCUAACCAAAGUGAGAGAGAAGCAAGAGAACUUGAGCAGAAAGUGGCUCAGAUGAAGCAUCAGCAAUCCCAGAUACAGAAGAGACUGUGUGAGGAGAGUGAAAAGAAGAAGCAACUGGAAGCAGAGCUUCAGCAGGACCAGCAACAAAUUAAAGAACUUCAACUUAAGAUGGAGCAACAACAGAAGAUCCUUAAACUUAAGGAUAAAGAAAUUGCUGCUUUUAAAAAGAAGAACAAUAACUCAGUGGGAGCUCCACAGAAACUACAGAAAUUAGAAGAGCAGAAGUGGCUGGAUGAAGAAAUGGAAAGAAUUCUUCAACAACACCAACAGUUAGCAGAACUAGAAGAAGAUUUAAAGAAAAGAGAAGCCAUUGUAGCAAAAAAAGAAGUGUUAUUGCAAGAGAAAAGCCAACUGGAAAUCAAGAAAAUGAGAUCUAGCCAGGCUUUAAACAAAGAUAGUAUGAAAUUGUCUACCCGCUUAAGUAUGCUGGAUCAAGAGCUGUGUAAUAAAAGUAUGCAGCUUCAGGGCAGCACAACUGAAGACAAGUCAGACAUUUUGGAAAAAAUUCAGAUUCUCCAAAUGGAAAGGGAUCAGCUGCUCAGAAGGAGAAAUAGUAUGGAUGAGAAACUGAAAGACGGUAAAGUGUUGUCAACAGAAGAAGAACAUGUUCUUUUCCAGCUAGAAGAAGGAAUUGAAGCCUUGGUAGCUGCAAUUGAUUACAAGAAUGAAAGUAUUCAUAAUCGCCAGCACUUACUUAGGUCAUCUUCUCAGAGUCUUUCACAGAGCAAGCAUAAUGUAAUAGGGAAACUAGUUUCCCUGUCUGCUGCUGAGCUCAGAGCUAUCAUCAUCAGUUAUUUCAACAAGAUUGUUGGCCUACGUGAGUCUGAACGAAAAUUGCAAGUGCAGAUUGAAGAACAGGAAAUGAAGUCCAUACACCAGAAAAACACAAUGCGUGAAUUAGAAUCUGCACUUGAACACAUCAAGUUGCAGUGUGACAGACAGCUGACUCACCAGCGCCAAGAACAUGAGAAAAAAGUACAGUUUCUAUUGAAUCAUUUCAAAGAACAAAAUAGUGAAGGUAUUGCAGAAACCCUGAAAGGGUAUGAAGUAAAAAUCCAACAACUGGAAAAAGAUUUAUUUUUUUACAAGAAAACCAGCAGAGAGCUGAAGAAGAAAUUGAAGGGCCGCCUUGGAGAGUCAUCUGAAUAACUAUUGUCAUCCACUAAAUAAUCCAGAUGUGCAACAUAGCUAUUCAUGUGGAGGAGAAAAGAAGGUUCAGUUUCAUCACUGUUUCUGUUGUCUUAUACCUCUCAAUGCCACCACAAUAUCUCACAUACACAAUACAGUCUUCUUGACCUGUUGGUGUUUCUUUUUAAGGCUCAGCAAUACUGGUUCUUCUUCCCAACGGAUGAUUCUGUUUCCUUCCAGUCAGACAAUGCCAUGUCUUCCUACAGAGAGAUGCUGAUCACAUAGCUGUACUCCAAGAGUGAAUUAAGGCUCAGCCCUUUCCCUCUAGGCAAGAUAAUGAGCCUACAGAUUCAUUGCUAUGUACUACAAAACUGUGAACAUGAAUGUUCUAGAGACUGGCUUAUAAAUGAGCAUGGGAAUGACUAUUCUAAUAUACAAAGAAGCAUGUAGUGUAGGAUAUGUAUCCAUGUGGGGAAACACCUAUCCUUGGCAAAUUGUAGCAGUGGGAAGAAGAGAGAAGACCCCUGUGAAUUUCCAACUUUUUCUGAUGCAUAUAUUUGCAAGUUUUAUAAGAAAUACUCUGCAUUUAGUUAUUUUUCUUUUUAAUACAUUAUGGAACAUGUUGCUAUACAAUGUAAUAAAACCACAUCAUAAUAAAAUACAUUAUAUAAUAUAUAGAGUAUAUAUAUUAUAUGUAUAUAAUAUAUAUAUAUAAUAAAACCACAUCAAACAUAAAUACCGAGCUUUAGAAAUAAUAAAAUCCGUGUUUGUAUAUUGCAGUCAAAUUUGUAGAAUCUUCUGUGUGCUGUACUAGUAUAGCUGCUGACUGUUUUUCAAUAUAUGAAGAAUUUCAUAUUUGUCAUGGUUCAGUUGUUUUAAGUCUGCUUACUAGGAUACAUGACAAGUUAGAAUGCUGAGCCUUGUAUUAACAGUACCUUCUCAGAUGAGAGUAAUGGCAAGUACCUCUGAUGUUUUUGUAGAUGGUGAACUUUUUGAAUAGAAAGGGCAAAAUAUGACGUGCUGAUAACUUUUUACCAUGUUCAUGCUGCAAGUUACUGAUGCUGUAAAACCAUGUUGCCUACCUAUGUCGGGCACUCAGAGAAGUUGUAACUUUUAGUUAUUUAUCUGCUGAUAAAUUUCAUUUUAGAUAACAGCGUUGGUGUUAAAUUAUCCAGUUAAGAGGAAGAAGAAGUUGCUUCUGAAGAAUUCAAGUGAAAACAGCUGUUAACAAAGUUCAUGUCUUUACUAAUUACAAGUAAAAGUACUUUUUGAAGUAUCAGAGAUCUCCCAGUCUGUUCAGUGUAACUUAACCUAUGAAUAAAAAUAGAAAUCAUUCAAAAUAAUUCUAUACUACUUUACUGGAUUUUGUUACAGUGCCAAUUCCUCAUAGAAAUUUUUUGGGUUUUGCUUUAGAUACUAUCUAGACAAUGGUGACAUGGACUGAAAACAGGGAGAGAAGGUAAUUUUCCUUAGCCAUUGUGCUGAAUAACAGUAUUGUGUAAUUAUUAACGAACAAAUCUUUUCUUCCUGGUGGUGAAUCACAUUUCCAAUUUCAGUUGUAUGUAACAGGAGAAAAUACAACAAAAUACAGGUCUCCUUUCUUGUUAUAUUGCAGCUUUAAAGGAACUUCUGUUAAACCUGAGAAAAUACUGAUUUUUUUCUUAACUACUUCAGUAUUGGACUGAAUGUAGUU